GCUACCCUGGAGCAGUUCUAGCAGGCAGCCAUGGCUUCUCUUCACCUUCCAUGCGCCACUACCCCGUCCUCCCAAACCCGCUCUUCUUCUCGCCCUGUUUUUGCUAAGCCAUCACAUUUCAUCACCCAUGCAAAGCGCGGCCACCGCCUACAGGUUUCUUGCGCCACCGAGAACCAAAACGACUCCUCCCGAAACGUCGAAACUUCCCAGGGGAAGGUCGACAGGAGGAACAUGCUUCUCGGUUUGGGCGGCCUCUACGGAGCAAGCAACCUGGUUUCUGCUCCCGGGGCCUCCGCCAAUCCCAUUAAACCGCCGGAGAUCGACAAGUGCGGUACUGCUACAAACCUGAACAACAAUACCCAGCUGGAUAUCAACUGCUGCCCCCCGCUUUCACAGAACAUCGUUGAUUACAGGCUUCCCCCGGUUUUCCAGAUGAAAAUCAGGCCGUCUGCUCAUAGAGUAUCCCCUGAAUACAUCUUCAAGUAUAACAUGGCUAUCGAUCGCAUGAAGCGCCUGCCUAAGGAAGAUCCACGUAGUUUCAUGCAGCAGGCUAAUAUUCACUGUGCUUAUUGCAAUGGUGCUUAUGACCAGCCCGGACAGGGCACUCUGGACCUACAGGUUCACAAUUCCUGGCUUUUCUUCCCUUUCCACAGAUGGUACCUCUAUUUCUACGAGAGGAUCUUGGGGAAAUUGAUUGGCGACCCCACUUUCGCCUUGCCUUUCUGGAACUGGGACAAUCCUAAGGGUAUGACUAUCCCGCCCAUCUUCGUGGAUCCUAAGUCCGCUCUGUAUGAUGAAAAGCGAAACCAGGCCAACAUGCCACCUGCGGUGGUGGAUCUUGGUAUGACCAGAAACCCUGACCCACUUCAGGUGGUGGCCAAUAACCUUACCAUUAUGUACAAUGAGAUGAUCCGUGGAAACUCAGAUGUCUACGACUUCAUGGGGCAGCCUUACCGCGAAGGGACACCAGUCAACCCUGGCCCCGGAGCCUCUGAACGUGGAUCUCACACCGCUGUCCAUGUGUGGGUUGGAGACCCGAGCCAGCCCAGCGGCGAGGACUUGGGGAACUUCUACUCGGCGGGUAGAGACCCGUUGUUCUACUGCCACCACGCUAAUGUGGACCGCAUGUGGUCAUUGUGGCAAUACUUCUUGCCCAGCAAAACAGUCCCGGACAAGAGGAUUACUGACCCUGAUUUCCUCAACGCUGCCUUCUUGUUCUACGAUGAGAAUGCUCAGCUCGUGCGCGUCACUGUCAAGGACUGUUUGGAUAACCUGAGAAUGGGAUACGAUUUCGAGAGAAUCGACCUCCCUAUAUUCCCACUCACAUUGGACAAAAUUGUGAGGGUCCUGGUUCCCAAGACCAAGAAGGGGAAAGCCGACGAGCUGCUGCUGCUGGAAAACAUUCAAGUCGACACGACGAAAUUCCUCAAGUUUGAUGUGUUCAUUAACGACGAAGACGACAACAUCACCGAGCUCGACAAAGCAGCCUACGUCGGAACCUAUGCGCAGGUGCCGCACAAAACGGCGAACAAAAGUGCAACGACCUCGAUCAGGUUGAAACUGACGGAUUUAUACGACGACAUGGACGUGGCUGAUGAUGAUACCAUUCUGGUGACAUUGGUGCCCAGGCAUCAGGGCCCUGGAGUCACCAUUGGUGGUAUCAAGAUCAUCGAGAAUCCGACACCUGCUCCCCCCAAGACAAGCUAAUCUCCAGGUUUAAGCAACAUUCGUCGAAUUGUCGUGAGUUGGUCCUGAUCUUGGUGUUUCGAAUGUUUGAUUUUGUGUCUGAUGCUUGAAAGAAGAUGAAUUAUCUCCAGGUGGGCCGGAUCAUCAUAUCAUGCUGUUUCCUUCCUUGUAAUAAUAAGGUUGUGAUCUGUGUUUCCUCUCGCUUAUUUUUCUUCCUGGAUUUGGAAUAAAAGUUGCCUGUUUUGUUUUUUUUUCUAAUAUAUGAGUAUUAAUUUAGUUCC